AUGCACUAUGUGUUGUAUGUUUACAGACAACAAUGGCCGCUUUCCUGUCAAUAUUUAGACGUGGUUUGGAUCAGGACAUGGUGGACAAUGUGAACGGAUUCUGGUCGGUUCUCCUCUUGGCCCUCUGCUCGGCUGGGGCAUUUCUAGUGCGAUACAUUACUGAUCCUACAAGCUGCUGGUACCCUGCACAUUUAACUGCAUCCCACGUUUCAUACUCCGACCAUGCCUGCUUCCUCACGGACGUCUUUUACCAACCUUACACAAGUUAUGUCCCCAAAUCAAGUCAUGAACGUGUCCCCUCCUACCAUCUCUGGAUACCACUCAUACUCUUCUUCCAAGCCCUUGCUUUCAAAGUACCAAACAUCAUCUGGAACAGUGGCAAGAACUUCCUCACUUUCAACAUGGACGAAACUGUCGAGUCCAUGAAAUGUGUACAACUGACCAAUGCUGAGAAUCGCCAGGCCAUUUUCAGUGAUGCAGCCCGAGUAUUUGGAAGUCUACUGAGAAGAAAUCGAUUCUUUCUGGCGCUGUUGUACCUAUUUGUGAAGAUUCUCUCAUGUGUCAAUCUCAUAGCACAGUUUAUGUUCCUCACGAUAUACUUCAGACAAUACCUGGCAAUCAGGGUAGGAUCCUAUGCUGGUUUGGAUAUGGGCUCCAUCGUAAAACCAUUACUUGUGAAACAUGUUUUCUGCGACAUCGAUGUGUAUAUGUUGAAAAAUCUUCGAAAAUUCACUGUUCAGUGCAUUCUGCCAAUCACCGAAAUCUAUGAGAAGAUGUUCAUAUUCCUGUGGUACUGGGUCUUCCUCCUGGCUGUCAUCACAAUCCUAAACCUUGUCCUGUGGGCAGGAUUUCUCUUCAUACCGUUCCUAAGAGAUGGCAGGAUAGCUGCCCACAUCAACGCUGCCAAAGGAUCUCGCCCUGACGAACCCAAUGUAACUCGUUUCAUCAGAAGUUUCCUCGGAAUCGAUGGUGUACUUGUCUUGGCAAUGAUAUCCCGGAAUUCCAGCGAGUUAGUUGCAGCAGAUCUCACCCAACAUUUGUACCAGGUGUUUCAGGAGAAGGAAGAAGAUCUUCAGAAUCAGCGACAUCUCUGCACAGGAGAACCGGAAUGUGGGAUUGUCCGAAAUGAAGCAACAGGAACCGUGGCAGCUUUACCAAUGAGCGAGCUACCCUCUGGUCCUGAAAACUCGGAGAAGGCCCCGAUUGUGUGACAACAUAACUGGUGUGCCAUGCACUGAAUGUAUUUAAUUAUAAUGUUGGGUCUUGAGAUAACCUGGUGUUGAAGGAUUCGCUUGUCACGCCUAAGUCCCGGGUUGAUUUCCUGCAUGUGUAUAUUGUCUGAAGCCCAAAGCGGUGUUAAACUAUAUUCAAUCGCUUAAUUAUUAUUGUAUUAAGAGUAAUAACACUCACUGAUUCUUUGAAUGAGUGAGUGAGUGAAUAUGGUUUUACGCCGCUUUUAGCAAUAUUCCAGCAAUAUCACGGCGGGGGACACCAGAAAUGGGCUUCACACAUUUUACCCAUGUCGGGAAUCGAACCAGGGUCUUCGGCGUGACGAGCGAACGGAUUCUUUGAAUGUCUCAAGUGGACAUCCAGUAUGUUGCAUUCCGUAAUGACAGCGCCUCUAUUAAAAUAUUUUACAUUGGCACUUAACAUG